AUGGGAUUUGAAGUAGAUAUUAGCAAAAGGGGAUCAAUGUCUCUUGUUGAUGAAGAUAUCACUUUCAAGGAUCUUAUUCAGCUUGUGAAGGAAGAUCUAGGAAUGGUUGAUGUAGGUGAAAUUACUCUCACAUACAGAGUUUCCCUUACAACGGGAAGUGUGGAGAAUGGUGUAGGAAAUCAUUUCGGUUAUCAGAAUUUUGCCAACAACAUUCAAUCAAAUACAGCAAACAAGCAAACACAACAGGCUAUUGGUAGCAACAAUCAUUCAACUACCACGUAUAAUCAAACUGAACCGGAAUUGUAUAGACCAGUUGAGAGCAACAUUUCAGUUACUGAAGCUAAUGAGGACACAUGCUCUACUGCUGAAAAAGGAAACUAUUUUAGUGAUUUGCUUCCUGCUGUAAAUGUUCAUCCAGUUCUUUUAGUAUUAUCAGUUUCGAAUGCAGGAAGCAACGAUCUUCAUGUGAACCAAUACUCCAAGAAUAAAGAAGAGCUAAUGCAGAAGAUGAGGAAGUAUGUACUUGACAGGAAAUUUGAAUUCAGAACUCGUUAUUCAGACAAGUCAAGGGCAAUAUUACGUUGUGUGGAUGAGAAAUGCAGUUGGAUGAUGAGGGCAACCAAGCUUGGCGAUUCUGACUUUUUUUGUGGUGAAACACUUUAUUGAUAGACAUAGCUGUGACAUAACAUAUAGGAACGCCAACCACAUGCAAGUAAAACUUUUCUCCUUUUUUUUAGAGAAUUGCGAAUAAAUUUUUGUGGAAGGGUUUCUCAAAGACAUACAUGGAGUACUGACUCAUGUGUGCUAACCUAAAGUGCCAACGCUUCGUCAUAUCCACAGGUGAUCUAGUCACAUUAGCCUAAGAUUCUCUUACUGUUCCCUGUAGAUAAUACAAACCCUGGUCGUACUUUCCUGACAAAACCUUUAUGCCCCCUUUGUAGAAAUGCACAAUGAAGUCAUUUCCACUGUACUUACACUCUGACUGCUCAAGUUGACCAUACGAGAUAAGAUUCCUUUCCAUAUCUGGCAUAUAUCUCACAUUUGUUAGAGUAAUCACAGUGCCAUCUCGAUUAUCUAUUGUGAUAUUGCCACUGCCUUUAACCAUACAGUAGGUGUUAUUUCCCAUCAGCACUUUAGCCCCUUCUGAUUCCACAAACUCUGUAGUAGUUCCCCUCCUAGGUGUUAUAUGAAAUGUACAUCCUGAGUCAAGGAUCUAUUCGUUUUCUGUAGCAUGUACACUUGCUGUUAGUGCAAUAGCUUAUGGUAGGAUGACUGCCACAUUAGCUGAACUAGACGACUUGUGUUUGUCAUUCUUUUUUCUCUGUGGACAAUCCUUCUUACAGUGAUUAUCAUCUCCACAUGUCCAGCAAGCUUUAGGUCCAAAUUUGCUCUUAGACUUAGACCUUCCUCUGUUGUUGUUACCUUUGCUCCUGCCUCUACUGUUAUUUGAAUUGUUUUCACUCCUCUUUUCAGGUCUGCUUCUUUCCUCACAUAGAGCCAUUCUGAUGACUGCCUUGGCUUGUUCAAUAAGCUCUUCUGUCUCAGCUCUACUUCCUUAGCAUACGCUGAUGCAGUAACCUCACUCAUUGUUAGUCUCUCCUUUCCUGUACCAUAUUUCAGAGUGUGAACCAAAGGUUCAUAUGGCGGUGGAAGGCUGGUCAGAAGCUGAAUUGCUAGAUCCACUUCCCUUAUGAUGAUCUUCAAACUAGCAAGAUCAGCAAUGAGUCUCUGAAACGUAUCAUAGUUCUCUUCAAUGGUCUCUCACGACGGAUGCAAGGCCGGAUCUUGCAUCUCCCAGUGUAACUCCUGACACUGCUGUCCCUAGUGUUGCAACGCCUGAUUGUGAAACUGUCUCUUGAGCGGGAUGACUCUGAUGUAGAUGUCGUCUCCUUCAAGACUGACCCCAAGCCCUGUAUCUCCAACUGACCGAGAAAUCUGUAUUUCCACAUGCCGAAGUCUCCUUUUCUGUCAAACUUCUCCAUCUUGAACUUUCCAUGAGUAGGUUCCAUUGUUGAUUGAUCUUCUGGUUAUUUGUCUAUAAACAAACAACGCAUGAAUAGCAAUCAACAGUCCAAGAUCCUACACCCGCUCGAGAAUAUUCAAACAGUAUGAUGAGAAGAUUCUAGCUAAUGGAUAUGGAGGAAUUUAGAACUGAGAAACCUCCCUGAGAUCUAGGAUGAAACUCACUUGAUCCUGGUUAACGAUGACUCGCGUUGACUCCACUAUUGUUCUGUGAAGGUCGCGAUCUUCGUUGUCCCCCGUUGCGUUUGGUCCCAAUCUCCUUUCUUCUUGAUCGAUCUGUGAAUUGUCUGAUGUAUCACCUCCGCAUCGAACCUAACGUUCUGAUACUACUUGUAGCCAAUACGAUCGCAAUUUACUCACGGAUUCAGCUCAAGAGCUACAAUAAUGGAGAAAGCAAGAAAGAGACCGAGUGAAGAAGAUGAUCACUCGGUAACAGAUUCACUCUCUCUUCCUUAUCCACUUAUAACAACCUUGCAGCUGGGCCACCAACGAAUAACACCGACCCAACAGGUUUGCUCUUCUGCGUCUUUGGGCCUUAAGCCAAAAGUCCAAAUGCCUGCCUUAUGAGUUGGACCAACAUCCACACCAUCAACGUCGAAAGCCGAGAAGAACUGUUGCCACCAUCCACUUUUAAGUUUGUCAGUUACCAAACAGUUAUUGUCAGAUCUUCCUCUUUCUGAAAACAGCUCACAUGAACAGGAGCUUUUAUUUUCCCAAAUCCAUUGAGAAAAACUCACAAGAAGACAUCAAAAACACUUUUUCAUAUUUACUAUAAAUCGGAAUAUACCAAACAAAAC